AGCCGUCUGCAACCGCAACCAUAAGGGACACUCAGGCGCGCAAGACACAAAGUUUGGCGGCGCGUUUGGCGCUUACUGUAAUUCCCCACACGGCGGCGGCUGCUCCUGCUCCCACACGUCGCCGUUACUCGCCAGUGCAACCAGACUGAAGAGCCGGCUGGCGUGUUGAGGUUGCCGCCUACUGCGGUGCUAGGCGGAAAACGCAGUCUCUUCUCCCUUAGCGGGGCUGGAUUGAAGCCGUCGGGCUCCACCGGGCUCUGCUGCUGUUGCUGCAGCAGCAGCAGCAGCCACAGCUGGUGGCGUCGGUGGAGAAGGCGGCGACGGGGGCGCAGAGAGGGGGAGGAGAGGAUGGAGCCAGGCAAGGAGCCUGGGGCGGCCGCACUGGCAGCAGCAGUGGAUAAGCCUGGCGAGCUGGAGCCGGCGUCUUCCUUCCAGGCCCGGCUGUGGAGAAACCUGCAGCUGGGGGGCAAGGGCAAGGGCAGCGGCAAAGUGGGAGCCGAGCGCCGCAGUGCGGAGACUUCUCCGUCGCUUCCUCCUCGUGCUCCCAGCGGGCACCAGCCAGGCAAGGGGGACUUGCUAGGGGGCGGCGGCACCACCACCACCACCAAGUGGAGCGGUUUCAGGCGCAGGAAGCACGUGCUAGACCGAGUCUUCUCGUCCUCCCAGCCCAACCUAUGCUGCUCCUCGGCGGAGCCCCUGGAGGCUGCCAGCACCGAGGCCGGAUCGGCUCUGCGCCGCCUGCGGGAGCACCUCCUCCACCCCCACCAGGGCAGGGGGCACCAGCCCGGCCGGCGCUCCGGCCCCUCGUCCGCCUCCUCGUCCGCUUGCUCCUCGCCCGCCACGACCAGAGCCCACAAGGGGGGCGGGGAUGGCGGCUCCAAAGCGAAGAAGGAAGAUGGGGAGGAGUCUCCGCUGCGCCGGCCUGGGGCGCACCUGUCCCACCAGAAGAGCUCCUCUCUGCCCGGCACCGCUUGCUUAGAGCAGCUACUGCAGGAGUCGCCCACCAAAGGCAAGGCCAAAGCGAUGGAGGGCAGUGCAGGCAGCGGCAGUAGCAGCAGCAGCCCGGCGAGAGUCAAUCCAGUUGAAACUAGUAAUGCUGAAUUACCCUUGACUGAUUCCAGAAUGUACCAGUUGGACAUUACGCUAAAAAGAGGUCACAACUUAGCAGCUCGUGAUAGGAGAGGGACAAGUGAUCCAUAUGUAAAAUUUAAAAUGGGUGGAAAAGAAGUCUUUAGAAGCAAAACAAUCCAUAAGAAUCUUAAUCCUGUGUGGGAGGAACGAACUUCCAUAAUUAUUGAAAACUUAAGGGAACAGCUAUAUAUAAAGGUGUUUGAUUAUGACUUUGGCCUUCAAGAUGAUUUCAUGGGAUCAGCCUUUUUGGACCUCAAUUCACUAGAACAAAAUAGGCCAACUGAUGUUACACUGUGUCUAAAGGAUCCACAUUACCCUGAUCAGGAUCUUGGAACUAUAUUAUUGUCUGUGUUGGUAAUGCCAAAAGAACAUCCGAGAGAAGAGCAGAGUUCAGUGCAAAGAUUUCAUCACUGGAGAACUUGCAAAGUAACUCAUUUCAGCCAGCAGGUUCCCAAAGCAUAUCAAUAUACAAUGCUAAUGAGGAAGAGUUGGAAAAGAUCAAGUAAGUUUCAGACCCAGAGUUUACGGCUGUCAGAUCUGCACAGAAAAGCUCAGCUAUGGAGAGGAAUAGUCAGUAUCACUUUGAUCGAGGGUCGGGAACUCAAGGCCAUGGAUCCAAAUGGACUCAGUGAUCCCUAUGUGAAAUUUCGACUGGGACACCAGAAGUACAAGAGUAAGAUUAUGCCCAAAACUUUGAAUCCUCAGUGGAGGGAACAGUUUGACUUUCAUCUCUAUGAGGAACGAGGUGGAAUUGUUGAUAUUACUGUGUGGGACAAAGAUGCUGGCAAAAAGGAUGAUUUCAUUGGCAGGUGCCAGGUUGAUCUGUCGACCCUGAGUAAAGAACAAACUCAUAAGCUGGAGUUGCCUCUGGAGGAAGGGGAAGGCUUCUUGGUACUACUGGUCACCUUGACUGCUUCAGCUGCAGUCAGCAUCUCUGACCUCUCAGUCAAUGCCUUGGAGGAUCCAAGGGAACAGGAAGAAAUAUUAAAGAGAUAUAGUCUAGUGAGGAUGUUUCAUAACUUGAAGGAUGUGGGAUUUCUCCAGGUGAAGGUCAUCAGAGCAGAAGGCUUGAUGGCAGCUGAUGUUACAGGUAAAAGUGACCCCUUUUGUGUAGUUGAGUUGAACAAUGAUAGACUGUUGACUCACACAGUAUACAAGAACCUUAACCCUGAAUGGAACAAAAUCUUCACAUACAACAUUAAGGAUAUCCACACAGUUCUUGAAGUGACAGUUUAUGAUGAAGAUCGCGAUCGGAGUGCUGACUUCCUGGGCAAAGUGGCUAUACCACUGUUGUCUAUUCAAAAUGGUGAACAGAAAGCCUACGUCUUGAAAAACAAGCAGCUGACAGGGCCAACAAAGGGGGUCAUCUAUCUUGAAAUAGAUGUGAUUUUUAAUGCUGUGAAAGCCAGUUUACGAACAUUAAUGCCCAAGGAACCGAAGUAUAUUGAAGAAGAGAACAGAAUUUCUAAACAGCUUCUGCUACGGAACUUUAUCCGUAUGAAACGGUGUGUCAUGGUUCUAAUAAAUGCUGCCUACUAUAUAAACAGUUGCUUUGAUUGGGACUCACCACCAAGAAGUCUUGCUGCUUUUGUGCUCUUUCUCAUUGUGACUUGGAAUUUUGAGCUCUACAUGAUACCUCUGAGCUUGUUGUUACUACUGGUGUGGAAUUACUUCCUGAUCAUAUCAGGGAAGGAUAAUAGACAACAUGAUACAAUGUUUAAUAAAGCUUUCAACUACAAAGGGUUUAAUGAUUUGGCAGAACAAAACUCUUCCUUGUUGACUCAUGACAACUACUACUGUUUGUGUCUGCAGGUAGUGGAGGACAUGCUAGAGGACGAGGAAGAAGAGGAUGAUAGAGAUGACAAGGACAGUGAAAAGAAAGGAUUUAUGAAUAAGCUCUAUGCAAUCCAGGAAGUGUGUGUCAGUGUUCAAAAUGUCCUUGAUGAAGUGGCUUCCUCUGGAGAAAGGAUAAAAAAUACAUUCAACUGGACUGUUCCAUUCUUAAGCUGGCUGGCCAUUGUUGCCCUCUGUGUGUUCACAGCCAUCCUGUAUUUCAUUCCACUGAGAUACAUUGUCCUUGUCUGGGGUAUCAAUAAAUUUACAAAGAAACUUCGAAGUCCAUAUGCAAUCGAUAACAAUGAACUACUUGACUUCCUCUCAAGAGUUCCUUCAGAUGUGCAAAUGGUGCAAUAUCAAGAGCUGAAACAGGAUCCUACCCAUAGUCCAAGCAAGAGGAAGAAAAACAACCCUAGCUAGCUAAUUCCAUGUGCUAAGAUGACCAGCAUCUGUUUAAAGAAAAUAAAACAAAAUGCUCAAGACCUAAAGAGCUUUUCAGCUCUCUACGCUUUAUUUAUUUUGCCUUUACAUCACAAUGAGAAAACAUAUAAAUAUUGUACAAAGGGACUUAGCAAUGAAAAUAUACUUUCAGUUGUACAGAACUAAGACGGAGGUUUCAAAUCUAGUUUAUGCUGCUUGAAAACUUUAUUAGAUGAGAGAGUCCAUUUAUAGCAUGGAUGUUAAAUGGUAAGUGAUAGACGACACACACAACUGGAUAAGCAAAAUAUCUGUUCAAUUAAGUGUUUUAACUCAUUCUCCAGUUAAUUUUAAGAGUAAAUCCUCAUUUGUGCAUGACCGUCUCUUUAUCCAAAAGCAGUCUUCAUUGUUUACAUUUCACCAGAAGUAUAAAAUGAAGGAGCUGCCUCUUGUAUUUUAUGAACAAAAACCCUGUCAUUGAGACCCUAUACUGCAAACUGACCAGGCUUACCUGAAAGCAUAGAAUAAAUGCAAGUGUCUUACUGAAUCUCCAAAGAUUUCAAGACAUUCUUAGUACUUUUAUCAUUCCACUUCAAGACUUUGGAAAUCUAUACCUGUAUCUAAAAUACUGCCAGGUUUAUAACUGAUUGCAUAUCUAACUUUUUAUAUUGCCACAAAUCUUAAUUUAUUCUUAUUAAUCUAGUUAACUUGCAUAUAGUUCAGCAAUUAAGGAAAUGUUAUCUGAUCAAAACAAUACUGCUUCAGGUGUCAGCUUACUGGCACAAUUCUGCACAUAAAUAAUACUAAGAUAAGUUUCCUUCCUAAUUAAAGGGUCAUAUUCAAAAGCUUUGCAGCAUUGUACUUUACCUGUUACUGUAGUGAAUGAAAUUCAAUUUGGGGAGAAUGGAUAUACCUGUCUUAUUUAUUUAGUUGAUUGAGUAACCAGUCCUUCAGGUAUAGAAGUGCCCUUUUUUGUGGAAACCCUUUUGUAAACUAAGUGGCAGGUAGAGAAAUAUGGUUUACAUUUCAAAACGUUGCCAUUGCAAAAUGAGUAGCUAGAGAGGGAUUCUUAAACUGUUAACUGUGAAGGCCUUGUCCCUCAAACCAGUGAGUUGGGGAUUUACAUCUAAGGAGCUUAUCAUAUAGUCCUUACAACAAACUUCCAGUGGGGUAUUGAAGGACCACAUAAGGAUAAUGGGUGUGUACUUGAAGAAGGCAUAUAUUCCAUGCUCUUCAUACAUGGCAUUCAGCCUGAGUUAUGAUUGCUUAUCAAUUUCUAUUGCACUACUGUCCAAAUAGUACUUUUUUGAGAGAAAUAUAUUAAAUUGUGUAUGCACAGAAAUAUGUAUAUACAUGAACUUAUGUCAAAAAGUAUUCUUAAAUUGCAUUUCUCAUGAAAGCUAAUUUUGAAAAUUAUUUUUAUCUUAAAUAUCUGUUGCUGUUUCUUACAAAAGAACUAUUUUGAUCUUGCCUAUUUAUACAACAUGUUUGAAAGAAUGCCAAACAAGUUCUCUAGCUACAGAGAGGGCUUGACCUGAAUAUGUGUUCUGGUUGUGUUGCCAGGUGAUGGUGAUUUAUUUAAUAUGCACAUGUAUUCAGGUUCUGUCUUUGUUUAUUGCUGAUGAACAAGAUGCCAUUAAUGAAGUCAACUUUACUGAAGAAUCUGCAUUGAUGUUAUUUUUGUUUUGGUUUGUUUUUUGGUCCAGAAUAUUGUUUACUGUGUGAACUUGUUACAUAAUACAUGAUGACUUUUCUCUCUCUGAUUUUUUUCACUUAAUAUUGUCUGUCAUUCUAUGGGCAUUUUUUCCUGUACAAAAUGCCUACCUAACUUAUUUAUGGCAUUAAACUCGUAUGACAAA